AUGUUCUGUUUCAGGAGGAGCAGGGCCGAGUCACCCUCCCGCCCCUACACCAGCCCCAGAAAGACCAGCGUGGGGUCCAGUGAUGGGGCCGGGGCCUUCCAUCGGCAGCAGUAUCUGAUUCGUAAAAAAGAUCUCGGAAAGAUUCACAGAGCUGCCAGCACAGGUCAGGCGGAGAAGGUCCACAGGAUCCUGUGCUUCAGGAGAGAGGUCCUGGAUUCGAGAGACAGGAAGGACAGGACUGCGCUCCACUUGGCCUGUGCCAACGGCCAUGCAGAAGUCGUAUCUAUACUGGUGAACAGAAAGUGCCAGCUCAAUGCUCCUGACAGUGAACAGAGAACAGCCCUGAUUAAGGCGGUACAAUGCCAGGAAGAGGAGUGCGCCACUAUCUUAUUAGCACAUGGGGCUGACCCAAAUCACAGUGAUAUGUAUGGCAACACCGCGCUUCACUAUGCUGUCUAUGACGAGAACCUGUCAAUCACCAGGAAACUCCUCUCCUAUGGUGCAGACAUAGAGGCAAUAAACAAGGAUCAGCUAACUCCACUUUUACUUGCUGUAAGCAGAAAAAAAGAAAACAUGGUGGAAUUUUUGUUAAAGAAGAAUGCAAAUGUGAAUGCAGUAGACAAGAUGAACAGGUAUAGCAGUUACUGA